GGGGGGAUUGGCGAGACCACUGAGCUCUUGUUUACCAGCGUGCCCUAAUCGGGAGAAGGGGGGGGGAGAGAUAAAGCUGCAUGUGUCCUGCAAUGCAGGCAACAAAGAACUGCCAGUUUCAUUCCUCCGCCGGUAAUUAAUUCUCCCUGAGAAGAUUGGAUCUUUAUUGGACUAAUUGCUUUUUCUCCGAGGUCGCUCCUCCCAGUCAUCGGGUUUUUUUUUUUCCUGGUGAAGAUCUCUGUUGAGCAAUGGGCACGGUCCUCUCCCUGUCUCCGGGUUCCCGGAAAGCCAGCCUCUACGACGACGGCUCGGGUUCCCUGGCGCAUUACAACAGUGUCAGCAAGGGCAGCGGGCAGAAACCCGAUAAGGCUUUAAAGCGGCACUCCAUGUUUAUCCCCGCCCUGACCUGGAAAAGGCUGGUGGCUUCCACCAAAAAGAAGACCUCGAGGAAGGGAACCGCCAACAGCAAUUACCAGAAGGACGUUGCCCACCUGAACCACGAGAAUGUGAAAAAGUCCUUAUCCUGUGCCAACCUCUCCAGCUUUGACAACCAGCCUCUCGCCCCGCUCACGUCCAAGCAGAUAUCCUCCAUCAAGAAUGUCUCCGGCACCACCGGCGGCGGCUCUCCAAAGAGGGUUAUAGUCCAAGCCUCCACCGGCGAACUACUCAAAUGCCUUGGGGAAUUCCUUUGUAGGAGGUGUUACCGGCUGAAACAUUUGUCACCGACAGACCCAAUUCUAUGGCUGCGCAGCGUGGACCGCUCCUUGCUUCUUCAGGGCUGGCAAGACCAGGCCUUCGUCACUCCCGCCAACGUGGUGUUCGUCUACUUGCUUUGCAGGGAUGUCAUCGAUGGGGACUCUGUGGCCACCGAACAUGACUUGCAAGCCACUCUGCUGACCUGCCUGUAUCUCUCCUACUCUUACAUGGGCAACGAGAUCUCUUACCCUCUCAAGCCUUUCCUGGUGGAAACCGGCAAAGAUGCCUUCUGGGACCGAUGUCUUUGCAUCAUUGACGCCAUGAGCGCCAAGAUGCUGAGAAUUAACGCCGACCCGCACUACUUCACCCAGGUGUUCGCCGACCUAAAAAACGAGGGCAACCGCGAUGAGUUCUCCAGAGUGUUAGACCGGUGACUGUCCAUGGAGAGACAAGGUCCAGCUCUUUUACAGCACUUGAAGGCCAGAUCCUACACGUAAUGUUUGCUGGCCAACCUUGAUCCAGUAGCCAAAAAAAAAAAAAAAAGAAGAAUACGAAAUGGGACCACAUUCAACCUUUUGUGCAUUGCCUACGUUGAGCCGUGGUGGAAAUUUUUUUCGAGGCAUCUUUGGCCACCAUCCAACGUGCAUCUUUUAUUUUUUAGGCCAAAAAGUGCCUGGCGCUCACCACCUCUUAUUCCCUCUAGUGUUCUCCGAGGGCCGCACGUUGUUUUUUUUUUCCUCACUACACCUUGGUAGUGGCUGCUCAUACUCAUUCCAAAGCGAAGCAAUCCCCCAAACCUUUCUGUAAAAAAAAAA